CGACCAUAGGCCAUACUUUCAUUGCUUUGAUAUUUCCUAAUGACUUCUAUCCCGAAGGCUGCGCUCUACUAUUACCCUCGAUCGAUCUGGUCGGCAGUCGCCCUCCUCGCGUUGGAAGAGAAGGGCUAUGGUGCCGAUGAAGUCGACCUUCGGAUCGUCGACAUAUGGAAAGGAGAGAACUAUGAUCCCACUUUCCUUCGUUUGAAUCCCAAAGCGACCGUCCCAACUCUUGUGGUGCCACUGUCCAACACCCUGUCGGACGAAAUCGAUAGUCGGUACAAGGCCAUAACCGAGUCUAUUGCCAUUGCUGAAUUCCUGGACAAAUCCCGUUCCCUGGUAUCGAGGACCCAUACUACUUCUUCCGCUCCCGCCCCUGCCCUUGCACCGGCAACGAUUGCCGCCACAGACAUCGCACGCGUCGUCAUUGGGCUCCUUCACUCGGAGGAAGCUAACCCGAACCAUCUACGAUACAAGAAUGCUCGGGAUGAUGCAUCGUUGAAAGUGCUGGCCAAGGAGGUCUUGCACAUUGUCCAGGCCAAACGAGACGCCCUCAAGAAACACCUGGCAGACGCAGAGGGAGAAGUCAUUCAUGUCAGUGAAAAGGUUAAGAAAUUCUGGCAGGAAAGGCUCGAGUCCGUCGAUCUGUCGUCGCGUGUCUUGGAAGCCGCCGAAAAACCGGUGGAAGAGUUGAGCGAAGAGGAGAAGGCGGAACGACAGAGUUUCAUCGAUGUUGGACGGAAGGCAUGGGAAAAGGAUUUGCCCAUCAUCUUGUUGAAGUUAUCGAAGGAAACCACUGGACCAUUCUCCCUCGGUGACCAAUUCUCCAUUGCCGAUUUGCAUCUUGCCCCUUGGUUUACACGAGUUGUGAAAUUGGCUGGUGGAUCCGUCGACGACGAUGGCAAGACUGUCGUCGAGAAACUCGAGAAAUACGUCGGCGCUGUCCUCGCUCUUCCUCGGGAUUUCUCUGGCGAUGCUGGAGGAAGGGGCGAAAAGCAAGCGAAGCUAGGGGCCUUCUGGGAUGCGCUGAAGGAGAGACCGAGCUGGCAGAAGUUGUACGGACAAGGCUUGUUCUAAGAACAUCAGACCAAGGAAUUUAUGAUGUGUCAUCUGGUAGACUAGAAACGAUUGACAUGGGACAUUGACGGGCUAAUAUUGUCCUUAGUGGACGGCUAAAUUUGGAUUGACACUGAUUGC